AUGAGAUCAAGACUUUCUAUUCCCACAUUGCCGACAAAUUUGAAGAAACAUAUUGAAGAUAGUUUAGGAAUAAAAGACACAGUUCAACUACAACCUCAAGAAACAGAAGGGGGAACAUCAAUCAACAAAAGAAAAAUUUUCACUUUUUAUAUCUAUAAAAAAAGGCGAAUGACAAAAACUCAAUGUGCAACAUAUAAAAAACAUAUUUGUGGAGAACAUCAAAUAGUAACUUGUCCAAUUUGUAAUGCUAAAUAA